UGUCAAUCAAACAGAACACGAAGACAUGGUUUCCGACUCCAGGAGAAAACAAGGGCACUGGGGUGGAUAAUUACCCAGCCGUGAGGAUGCUGAGAGGCGCAGCCCUCUUCUGUUCUGAACUCUGGAUGCCAUCAGACCGCGUUUAUUAUUUACAUGCAUCUUCUGAUCUCUCUGCACCCGAAAGCGUUUGCUUACAUUUGAUUUGAAUGGCUCAAAUCUAGAUUAGAAUGAGGAUGCCAAAUCAUCUGCUCUGCAGAAUCCGUUAAAUGACAUUAGUGGGUUGAAUUAACAGUUUAGAUGUAUUUUAAUUGCUUGCAUUGUGUUUCGAGAGAUCAUAAACCCUGCAAGAAAAUUUGGUGCAUUAUUUAGUGCGCUUACAAAUCCGAUUCGUCUCACAGGCAUCGAUCCAGGUAAACCAGCGGCAUGUUGACCAGCAUCACUGAGAGCAUCUUUUGCUGUCUGAUGGGAAAGACGACCAGCGUUGUGUUGCCGGUUGAAUCAUCUGACGGCAAGCCUGCUGACGGGUUCGAGUUCGUGGAGGUGAAGCCGGGUCGGGUGCUGCGUGUGCGCCACAUCCUCCCCGAACGGUCUGCAACUACAGAGGCGCAACCAGAGCCGAGCAGCAGCGUCCACUGCAAGCGCAAGAUCACGGUGUACCGCAACGGCCAGCUGGUGAUCGAGAACCUGGGCGACGUUCUCCACUCCGAGAUCCUGCACUGUCAGAACGGAGACGUGGAACAGUGCAGCACGGUCGAGGUGGAGCUGUCCGAUUACACCACUGCGCCGUCCUCCCCGGAUCCCAAACCCGCUCCGCCUCUUCCCACCUCUGACCAGCAGAAACCUGCUCCUCCGCCUAGACGGCGACGACGGAAACCCAAACGCACUGUGCUGAUCGAUACGGAGCGAUGCAUCAGCAGCUGUAAGGGGACGCAUUCGGACGUGGCACUGUUCUUCAUUCACGGCGUGGGCGGCUCACUGGACAUCUGGGGGAGGCAGCUGGAUUUCUUUUCACGGCUGGGCUACGAGGUCAUCGCCCCUGAUUUGGCAGGACACGGCGCAAGCACUGCCCCUCAGAUAGCGGCAGCGUACACCUUCUACGCCCUCGCAGAGGACCUGCGGGCCAUAUUCAAGAGAUAUGCGAGAAAACGGAACAUCCUCAUUGGUCACUCAUACGGGGUGUCGUUCUGUACGUUCCUGGCACACGAGUAUCCGGAGCAGGUGCAUAAGGUGGUGAUGAUCAAUGGAGGCGGCCCCACGGCGCUGGAACCCAGCCUGUGCUCCAUCUUCCAGCUGCCCUCCUGCGUCCUUCACUGUCUGUCUCCCUGCCUCGCCUGGAGCUUCCUCAAAGCUGGUUUCGCCAGGCAGGGUGCUAAAGAGAAGCAGCUUUUGAAAGAGGGAAACGCGUUUAACGUCUCGCCAUUCGUUCUGCGAGCAAUGAUGAGCGGUCAGUACUGGCCGGAGGGGGACGAAGUUUACCACGCUGAGCUGACCGUACCCAUACUGCUGGUGCACGGCAUGUAUGACAAGUUUGUGCCAGUUGAAGAGGAUCAGCGGAUGGCGGAGAUCCUCUUGUUUGCGUUCCUCAAAGUCAUCGAGGAAGGCAGUCACAUGGUGAUGAUGGAAUGCCCAGAAACGGUCAACACGCUCCUGCACGAGUUUUUCCUCUGGGAACCUGACAAUUCCAAAAAGGACAAGGUAACAGCUGAGCAGACCACAGCCGACAACGCCACGCCCGUCCAGACGCUCAGUGUCGCCAAUGGCAGCGUCACGGGGACACCCAAGGUCAACAAGCCCCUUAACAAGUAACCUGAUGAUUGACGUUUGUGGGGUAAACCAAUCAGAAGGCUGUUGAUGGCAGGCUGAAACCGUCACCUUGGCUGAGAGCUGAUUUUUGGUCAGAAGGCCCUAGCGGGUGUCGAGACGGGGGUGAGAAAGAUUCACGGGUUCAAAGAGACUCUAGCAAUGAAGGGAAAAAAGAAGCAGCUGAUUUUAAACCAAUAAUGAUGGUUUAUGACAUCACGAUGCCUUUGUAUCUCUCUGCUACCUUUGGACAAUAUCUUUCCUUCUUGUGCUGUCUAAACAAAAGGACUGGAUGUCCGAAAUCAAGUGUGUCCAGGCGGGACUGAACUAUGAGAAAGAGGUUAUUU